CAGCAAUUUCGAACGCUUUAAAUUAAAAUUUUUGCAUCGCGUUCGUAUUUUUGAUUAAUUUCUGAGAAAUUAUCGCUUAAUUAAGGACAAAUUUGUGCUAAAAGCGUUCAGCGUGAAUAUUCGGAAUUAGUUACGUAGUAAACAACGUAAACUUGGAACAAAAUGUGUGACGAUUGGAUUGAGGACGAAACGCCUUAUCAGCCCUCGCAUGAGAUGCUAACCUCACCGCGUAGUGAUCGGAAGCGUGCAUACGAUUCACGUGGGCGACGUGGAGAAGUUCAACGCCAGAGCAGUUUUCGGGACUCUCGUCGUGACGAAAAUAGGGAUGAUGGACCAAAACUCGAAUUUUUGAUUAAUUCCGUCGAUGUUGGCACAGUAAUAGGCAAAGGCGGCUCGACAAUCCGUGAGACACAGAACAAAUUCAACGUCCGUAUUUCCGUAGACAAAAAUGUUUCUGAAUACGGAAAAGCCAAAGUUGUCAUUUCGGGACAUUCGAGUGCUGCAUUGAACGAUUGUCGCAAUUUCAUCGAGGAUUUGUUGCCAAAAUCGCCGCCUGCUAACGAAAACUCUGGCGGUAAUGGUUACGAUGACGGUCCAAUUGAUUGGGAUGCUGCCAAUCGCCGUUCGGAAAAUGCGAUUCGUGAACGUUGGGCUAAAUGCCCACCACUGGAGAAGAAUUUCUACAAGGAACAUCCCGAUGUAAAAGCCUUGUCACCGGAAGCCGUUGCGGAAUUUCGUAAAAACAACAUGAAUAUCAAGGUUUCACGCACAUUCGAGGAAAAUGCAAAAGAUUCAGACCCGAUCCCGAAUCCUGUGCUCGAAUUUCAUCACGCGUUUGCCGAAUAUCCGGAUUUGAUGGAGGAAAUUCACAAACAGGGAUUCAAACAUCCGUCGCCGAUUCAAGCGCAAGGCUGGCCUGUCCUGCUCAAAGGGGAAGAUCUCAUUGGAAUUGCUCAAACCGGCACCGGGAAGACAUUGGCGUUUCUUUUGCCAGCUUUGAUUCACAUUGAGAGACAACCGGUGCCGAGAGAUCAACGUGGCGGUCCAAAUGUGCUUAUUUUAGCGCCGACAAGAGAACUGGCACAACAAAUCGAGAACGAAGUACAAAAGUAUCAGUUUCGUCAAAUUCGUGCGUGUUGCGUUUAUGGCGGAGGCGAUCGUCGCAAGCAAGUUGACAUCGUAAAAGCUGGCGUUCAAAUUAUUAUUGCGACGCCGGGACGUUUUAACGAUUUGGUGUCGAACGGAAUCAUUGACAUCACGAGUGUUACUUAUUUGGUCCUCGAUGAAGCUGAUCGUAUGCUCGAUAUGGGCUUCGAACCACAAAUCCGCAAACUCCUGUUGGAUAUUCGUCCUGAUCGUCAAACUGUGAUGACAAGCGCUACAUGGCCCUCGGCUGUUCGUCGUCUCGCCUCGAGUUACAUGAAGAAUCCCAUUCAAGUUUACGUUGGUUCUCUCGAUUUGGCUGCCACGCAUACCGUUACUCAAGUCAUCGAGGUCAUCCAAGAAGACGAAAAAUUCAAGCGCAUCCAAGAAUUCGUUCAGAGCAUGGGACCACAUGACAAAGCCAUCAUCUUUUGCGGGAAAAAGCAACGUGCCGACGAUCUCAGUUCCGACUUCAGCUUAAUGGGCAUUCCCGUGCAAUCGAUUCACGGAGAUCGUGAUCAAAGUGAUCGCGAACAAGCGUUGCGUGACAUCAAAGAAGGUUACGUUAAAAUUUUGGUCGCCACGGAUGUUGCCUCGCGCGGCAUUGACAUCGAAGAUAUCACGCACGUUGUCAACUACGAUUUUCCGCGUAACAUUGAGGAAUACGUUCAUCGUGUAGGUCGCACAGGAAGAGCAGGACGUUCCGGAGUUUCCUUGAGUUUAGUAACGCGCAGCGAUUGGGGUUCAAUGAUGGAACUGAUCGACAUCCUGGAAGAAGCAAAUCAGGAAGUACCAACGGAAAUUCGUAACAUGGCUGAACGGUUCAAGGAAAUGAAACAACGUCGCGAAGACGAAAAGACAUCCUUUGGCAUGGGAGGAGGAGGCGGAGGACGAUUCGGUGGCGGCGGCGGCGGAAGUUUUAGUCGACGCGAUGACAACCGAAACAGUAACGCAUUGUCUUUUAGCACACCUUCGUCGAAUGUCGGUGCCAUCAUUGGAAAAGGAGGCAGUAAUAUACGCGAAACGCAGGAAAAGUACGGUGUGCGUAUCGAUGUCGACAAAAAUAUGGGUUCCGAGGCGAAAAUCACCGUAAAAGGGUCAGAUUUUGAUGGCGUGAAGGAAGCCGUGGAAUUCCUCAAAUUGAUGUGCGAAAACACACAAACCCGAGAUAACGAUCGUCACAGUUAUCGUUAAACGCGUAGUGUAGAUCACGAAAUAUUUUCCAACAAAAAGUAUGUGAUAAAUUUUUUUGACCAUGAAACGUACUUUAUUUAUUUUCUCGAAUGGCAAUUUGAAGCCAUUUUCACAAAUGCAACACUUGAACUCCGAGGCUGUUAGAAAAAUAUUCUGGGCUAUUUAGCCAUUUUCUGACAUAAAAAAAAUAUUUAAAAUGACAAAAUAAUAGACAACACAAAUAUUUAUAAGACACAAGAUUUAUUUAAAAAUAAAUAUAAUUUUCUAAUAUUCCG